AUGUUCAAAAAUCUCAUUCUUGAACAAAAAUACGGAGAUCUAUCAAAAAUAGCUGUCUUAUCAGCACGGAAUGUUGAUGUAGAAGAGAUCAAUAACAAUAACACGCCCCCUAUUCUAUUAGUAUCUACUUGCUCAUUUAUACACCACAAAACCACUGAGCGCAUUUAUACGAGUAUAAAUAGCAUUGAAAAUUGUGACAAUGGAGACAUUGCAGAUUCAAUAUUACCAGAAUACUUGAAUACAUUGAAUCCUCCUAAUCUUCCACCACAUGAAUUACGAUUACGUAAUAAUUGUAUAAUUAUGCUUAUUCGUAAUCUCAGGGUCAACGAAGGUUUAUUCAAUGGAACUCGGUUACAGGUCUUAGAACUCGCUAAUAACCUUUUACGAUGCCGAAUUCUGACCGGCGAAAAAGCAGGAGAUAUUGUCUUUAUACACCGUAUCACCCUUUUCUGUGAAGAUACUUAUCCUUUUACUUUCAAGCGAAGACAAUUUCCUAUAAAACUAGCAUUUGCGAUGACGAUAAAUAAAAAUGUCUUCAACCAUGGACAAUUGUACGUAGCAUUCUCACGAGUACGAUCAUGGGAUUCGUUGAUAAUUUUCUUAGGAGAUCAAAGAGAAAAUAACGUUAUAAAAAAUUACGUCUAUUCUGAACUCUAUAAAAUGUAA